GCCUUGGUCGGUUCCCUAGGCAACCGGACCCAACAGUUCCAGCUAUCCAGGGUCCCCGCCACCUGCGAACAGGCCACCCGCCAUGCGCGCAGCCGAGGUGGACCCCCACGUGGCGCACAGAUUCCUUCUCCAGCGGCGGCUCGGGAAGGGGGCCUACGGCAUCGUGUGGAGGGCAGUGGAUCGGAGGACUGGCGAGGUCGUGGCCAUCAAGAAAAUCUUCGAUGCCUUUCGAGAUAAGAUCGAUGCUCAGAGAACAUUCCGGGAAAUUCUGCUCCUCCAGGAAUUUGGGGGCCAUCCCAACAUCAUCCGUCUCCUCGAUGUGAUCCGGGCAGAGAACGACAAAGACAUUUACCUGGUGUUCGAGGCCAUGGACACAGACCUGAACGCCGUCAUCCGGAAGGGCACGGUGCUGAAGGACAUUCACAAGCGCUACAUCUUCUACCAGCUCCUGCAGGCCACCAAGUUCAUCCAUGCAGGGCACGUCAUCCACCGGGACCAGAAGCCCGCCAACGUGCUCUUGGACACCAACUGCUCUGUGAAGCUCUGUGACUUCGGCCUGGCCCGCUCCCUGAGCAGCCUGGCUGAGGGGCCCGAGGGCCAGGCCCUGACGGAGUAUGUGGCCACACGCUGGUACCGGGCCCCUGAGGUGCUGCUCUCCUCGCGCUGGUACACCCCGGGGGUGGACAUGUGGAGCCUGGGCUGUGUGCUGGGAGAGCUGCUCCGAGGGAGGCCCCUGUUCCCGGGCACGUCCACACUCCACCAGCUGGAGCUGAUCCUGGAGGUCAUCCCGCCCCCGGCCAAGGAGGACCUCCGGACUCUGGGCUCAGGCUACAGUGCCUCGGUUCUGCAGCGCUUGGGGUCCCGGCCACGGCGGACACUGGACGACCUCCUGCCCCCAGACACCCCUCCAGAGGCUCUGGACCUCCUAAGCCGUCUCCUGGUGUUCACCCCCGCCCAGCGGCUGAGUGCCGCCCAAGCCCUGCAGCACCCUUAUGUGCGGAGAUUCCACUGCCCUGACCAUGAGUGGACUCGGGAGGCACGUGCGCCACUCCGGGUGCCUGAUGGAGCCCAGCUCUCCGGCGCAGAGUACCGCAGCAUGGUCUACCAGAUGAUCCUGGAGCGCAGCAGCAACAGCCGUGCCCCACCAGCAGAGGAAGGCCUGGGGGACGCCCUGCUGGGGACAGAGCCCAAGGUGGCCAGGUCUCAGGAGCGCCUGCUCAAGCCCAGAGCUGCUUCCAGCUCCCCUGGGACACCUGUGCAGAACCCCAAAUUCCGAUCUUGCAGUAGCCCCAGCCAAGACCUGGGGCCUGACGCCCCCGCAGCCAGGGACAUGCCUGGGGAGAACUGGGCUCCCCUGCAACCUCCUCCGCACGCAGGCAGGGGGAAAAGGCCUUCUGCGACAACGGUGGAGUUCCCCUGGGGACCCUCCUGGGUGAAGGCAAAUCUGAGAGGGGCGGUGGCCUCUUUGACCUCGCAGGCUGCGGCCCAGGUGACCAACCAAGCCCUGGUCCGCAGUGACCCGCCCAGGGGCGAUGGGGUUCCUCCGCCACCGCUUCCCCGAGAGGUCUCGGCGUUGCCCCGGCCGGGCCGAAGGAUGUUUGGUCCCUCCGCCUUGCAGGGGGCACAGGGGGCAGCCAGGGCCGCGCUCGGGGGCUACUCCCAAGCCUACGGUACCGUCUGCCACUCAGCACUGGGUCACCUGCCCCUGUUCCCCGGACCCCGCGCAUGAGCCCCAGCCCUAGUCCGGCUCAGGAGCGGCAACCCGACGUCCCUUCUCCAGUUCCUCAGGCGCUCCCCCCAGCCCCCGCCCCUUUGUCUCAUUCGGCUUCCGGGGAGCUUGCCUGGGUCUCUUCAGCAGAAGUCCUAGCCUAGUGGUGGCACCAUCAACAAAGCUGUCUGUGCCAGCAGAGAUGCUCCGCUGUCUACUUGCUCCUGAGGGCCCAUCUUCUGGGGCCCCUGACAUCCCGCCUUGUCUGGGCACCCUCUGUCUGGGACAAGAGCCCCUUGGACUGCUGGGUUCCCACAUGGCUGACUGCAGUUCUAGUCCUGGACCUGGCAGUUUGCCCCCUCUCUUUCCUUGUCUCUCAUUCUCUGGUCAAAUUAAGAUAAUAAUAUAUAAAAUAACUCUUAACAAAACAAAAGCGAUUGGCCAAAGAGGAGCUGGCAGGGGGCAGAGGGCCGGGCUGGGCACACCGGGAGGGGCUCCAAGGAGACCACCCAGCAGGACAAACAGGGCAGAGGCCAGGCAACUUCCAGGCUUGGCACGGGGCCACGUGUGGCAGGAGGGACUGAGGCAGACCAGGGGCCCUGGGAGAGUGCUGUGGAGCAUGCCCACCCGUGAGGCUCAGCAGAAAUUGCCUGGCUGCGAAAGGUGCUGCAGUGCCCCCGGGGAGCAGUGCUGGUGAGUGCGGGGAGACGCGGGCACCUGUCUGGGGCAUGCUGGACACUGCGCGCUUGCGCCUUCCUGUUAACACCGGGGCCUGGCGCAGGCGGAGCAGGCAGCACUCUCCCUUAGCGGGACCUCUCUCCCAGAGUGGGGGCACCAGGCUGCUCCCACAUGGAGGGAGGGAGGGGCCCUGGCCACAGUCCAGGACCCACCUCCCUUCUCCAGGGCCAGGGUCAGAACUGCCUGGGUAAUGGCUGGUUCUCAAAA